CUUCUCCCUCUUCUCUUAAAUACCACUUCUCCCUUUUCUUUCUUCCUCCAUACCCCAUCUCUCUCCCUCUCUCACUCAAAUCCCCAUUUCCUUUUUCAUAUUCUUCCAAAAUGCGGAUGAGUUGCAAUGGAUGUCGAGUUCUGCGCAAGGGUUGCAGCGAGAAUUGCAGUAUCAGACCUUGCUUGCAGUGGAUCAAGAGCCCCGAGUCCCAAGCCAACGCCACUGUCUUCCUUGCCAAGUUUUAUGGCCGCGCUGGCCUCAUGAACCUCAUCAACGCUGGCCCUGAACACCUUCGCCCUGCGAUUUUCAGGUCUCUUCUUUAUGAGGCUUGUGGGAGGAUAGUGAACCCGAUUUAUGGGUCUGUUGGGUUGUUGUGGUCCGGGAGCUGGCAGCUCUGCCAAGACGCCGUCGAAGGUGUUCUAAAAGGUACGUCGAUCACUCCGAUCAAUUCUGAAGCGGCGGCCAAUGGACAUGGACCUCCGUUGAAGGUUUACGAUAUUCGUCACGUGUCCAAGGAUGAAAACUCUGCUGCUUCUAACGAUGCCAAGCGAGUCAAGACGCGUUGUCGGGUUAGGAGAGUUGUGAAGCCGAAAGUUAGUAAUAACAACAAACCAUGUCGAGGCGUUGGGCUCGGAGCAGCAGGGAAUGAGCUGACUCGGUCCAUGAGUCACGGGUCGUCUGUAAGCCACUUGUCGGAGUUGGCAAUGGUGGACGGCGAGAGCAAAGAGACGGAAAGCAUGGUCUCCGAGGAGACGGCUGAGGCUUCGCUACUGUUCAAAGCCGAGCCGGAGUCAGCCGCGAAGAGCAAUGGAGGAGUCCAGGAUCAUGCAACUAGGGAAAUGGCUGGACUUGGACUGGAGUUGACCCUGGGCCUUGAGCCGGUGUCUCGUGCAAGUCACGUGGUACCAGUGAAGAAAAGGAAACUCGAAUCAUAUGGGUAUUCGUCAUCGGAAGAUGACACGUAUAAUACAGAGCUGGGACUAGACUAUCCAGCUUGUCACUAAGAAGAAAGAAGAAACCUACUAAAAAGUAGUGCAAGAAGGUCCAAUUUUGGCGGCUCAGCUCAAUCCAUCGGCUAUUGUUUAGAAGAGAAGUCGGUUCUUUUUUCUUUUUCAACCUUUGGCUUUGUCUUUGGGACUUUUUUUUAGAAAAGAAAAAAACUGUACAAACUUUGUUUUUUUUACAAGGUAAAUCAAUAGAGGGAUCUCGUUGUAAUCGUCA